ACUAAGUUUGCUUUCUUUUAACACCUAUAUACACCAUUCUCCCUCUGUCUUUCACAUACCAGAUAUAUAUAUAUAUAUAUAUAUAUAUAUAUAUAUAUACACGGUAAACAUUUUAUUAGAUAACUAAACAUGGGGAGAAUGGCUCUUCUAGCUGCAGCAAUGACUUUGUUAGUAUUAGUUUUACAACCUCCGAUGGCUUUUGCUGCUACCAAAGGAAAGAUGGUAACAAUUUUGAGCGUUGAUGGAGGUGGAAUUAGAGGCAUUAUUCCUGGCACCGUUCUUGCCUUCCUUGAAUCCAAACUUCAGGAGUUGGAUGGAUCAAACGCAAGACUUGCAGAUUAUUUUGAUGUGGUAGCAGGAACAAGCACAGGUGGAUUAAUAACCACUAUGCUUACUGCUCCUAACAAAGACAACCGCCCCUUAUAUCAAGCAAAAGACAUUUCCAAUUUCUACAUGGAGCACGGCCCUCAAAUUUUUCCUCAAAGCAGACGUAACAGCUUUGUGAGGAGAGUCACAAAUUUGUUUGGGGGGCCAAAAUAUGAUGGCAAAUACUUGAGAUCAAUGAUUAAUUCAAUAUUAGGCAAUCUUACUAUGAACCAGACGUUGACUAAUACUAUCAUACCAACUUUUGAUAUCAAACGCCUUCAACCAAUUAUAUUCAGUACCGCUGAUGCAAAAGCAAAUAUAUCUAAGAAUGCUCAAUUGUCAGACAUUUGUCUUAGUACCUCGGCCGCACCUACUUAUUUCCCAGUACACUAUUUUGAGACCAAGGAUGCUGAAGGGAAAAUACGUACAUUUGAUCUUAUCGAUGGAGGUGUAGCUGCAAAUAAUCCAACUCUGAUGGCAAUAACACACAUUUCAAAACAAAUUAUGACGGGCACCUUUCAGUACGAGAAUAUGGAAAAAAUGGACUGCAACAAAAUGUUGGUUCUGUCAUUGGGCACGGGUACAGGAAAGCACGAAGAGAAGUACAAUGCUACAAUGGCUUCUAGGUGGGGAAUGCUAGGUUGGAUCUACAACAAUGGUGCCACCCCAUUGAUAGAUGUUUAUGCUGAUGCUAGUGCUGAUAUGGUAGACAUUCACGUUUCCACCAUGUUUCAGACUCUUGGCAGUGAGAAGAACUACAUCAGGAUUCAGGACGAUAAUUUGACUGGAGAGGCUGCAUCUAUGGAUAUUGCAACCGUAGAAAACAUGGAGAGACUUGUACAAAUUGGUAAUGAUCUAUUGAAGAAGCCAGUGUCAAGGGUCAACUUAGAAACAGGCCGAUACGAACCAGUUGUUGCGGAGGGUACUAACGAAGCUGCUAUACUCCGUUUUGCUCAGUUGCUUUCAGAAGAAAGGAAACUCAGAAUAAACAACUAGAAAGUACAUAUUUGUUCAGACUGGGAAAUAUACUCUUAGGAUUUGUCAUACAAAAUCCGUAGAACUAGUAAAAGACUGAUUAUACAAAAAAUUCUUCUCCAAUUGUUAAGUGCCUACAGAGUAGGCCAUGUUGUAAUAUCAAAAUAAAUUAACCUUCAAAUAGGGAAAUAAAAUAAAAUUUAUUUAAUUGUUCUA